AUGAAUGAAACAAGUUUUUCAUCUGUGCCUGAGUGUUUGCCAUUAUCUCUCGAGUUUGUUGAUUUGAAGAUCCCAAUUUCAGGACAUGUCGGAGAAAUGAAGCUCGUGAGGUAUUUCUUAGAGAAUUCGGCACUUCUCAAGAAACUCACUCUACCUUUGGCGGAACAUUCAGUGAGAGAAAAGUCUACUCUCAAGGAACUCCUCAGAAUCCCAAGAGGCUCUACCAAAUGUGAAGUCCUCCUCUGUAUUUACUCGAAACAAGAACCGUUGCCUCAGUUUGGUUAUGUGUCCCGCCUGCAUAUCAGUCUACGUGUAACCGUUUUGAAAUCGUUACCAACGUUUCUUGAGAGCUUCCCAAACUUGAAAUCCCUCAUCUUGGUAUGCGAUGAUGAUUACGAGAAGAUGAAUGAAACAAGUUUUUCAACUGUGCCUGAGUGUUUGCCAUUAUCUCUCGAGUUUGUUGAUUUCGAAAUCCCAAUUUCGGGACAUGUGGGAGAGAUGAAACUCGUGAGGUACUUCCUAGAGAAUUCGGCAGUCCUCAAGAAACUCACUCUAACUUUGGAGGAAUAUUCAGUGAGAGAAAAGUCUACUCUCAAGGAACUCCUCAGAACCCCAAGAGCCUCUACCAAAUGUGAAGUCGUCGUCAUCUGA